AGCUCAUCAAUCAACUCUCCAACACUCCUCAACAACAACUACAACACCUUUCGUCUUUACGACAAAACAACAACAACAACCAAAAUGGCCGCCGAGAUCCCCACCACUCAAUGGGCGCAGGUCGUCGAGAAGAACGGUGGUCCCACCAAGUACCAGCAGGUCCCCGUCCGCCAGCCCGGUCCCGAUGAGGUCCUCGUCAACGUCAAGUUCUCCGGUGUCUGCCACACCGAUCUCCACGCCAUGAUGGGUGACUGGCCCCUUGACACCAAGCUGCCUCUCAUCGGUGGCCACGAGGGUGCCGGUGUUGUCGUCUCCCGCGGCCAGCUCGUCGAGGAUGUUGAGAUUGGUGACUACGUCGGCAUCAAGUGGCUCCACGGCUCUUGCCUUCAGUGCUCUUUCUGCCAGACCUCUGAUGAGCCUCUCUGCGCCAAGGCUCUCCUCUCUGGUUACACCGUCGACGGCUCCUUCCAGCAGUACGCUGUCGCCAAGGCUGCCCACGUUGCUCGCAUCCCCAAGGAGUGCGACCUCGAGGCCAUCUCCCCCAUUCUCUGCGCCGGUAUCACUGUCUACAAGGGCCUGAAGGAGUCCGGUGUCAAGGCCGGCCAGACCGUCGCCAUCGUCGGUGCUGGUGGUGGUCUCGGCUCCAUCGCUCUCCAGUAUGCUAAGGCUAUGGGUAUCCACACCAUUGCCAUCGAUGGUGGUGAUGACAAGAAGGCUCUCUGCGAGUCUCUCGGCGCUAGUGCCUUUGUCGACUUCACCAAGUCCUCCAACCUCGUCGCCGAGGUCAAGGCCGCUACCUCCGACGGCCUGGGCCCCCACGCCGUCCUCCUGGUCGCUGUCCAGGAGAAGCCCUUCCAGCAGGCUACCCAGUACGUCCGCAGCCGCGGUACCGUCGUGUGCAUUGGUCUCCCCGCCAACGCCAGCCUCUCUGCUCCCGUCUUCGACACUGUCGUUCGCAUGAUCAGCAUCAAGGGCUCUUACGUCGGCAACCGUGCCGAUACUGCUGAGGCCAUCGAGUUCUACCGCCGCGGCCUCAUCAAGGUCCCCUUCAAGACUGUCGGUCUCUCUGAGCUCCAGAGCGUCUACGACCUCAUGACCGCUGGCAAGAUUGCCGGUCGCUACGUCGUCGACACCAGCCGAUAAGCGCGCGGCUAUCUACAGGGCAGUGGUGGAACAACCCAGCCACUUUGCCCAAAAACAACAAGCAGGACGACCCACCUGCAAAUGAGAGGAGUUCGGGCGGGAGUUGAUGUUUUGGAAUUGCGGCGGUGUUGAUGAGCAGUAGCCAGAUUGAGCUUGCUUGCACGAUUGUGCGAGAUUGGGUUGGAUAUGAGUGAUAUGAGUACCACAGGAUCAAUAACGGAACAAAGAUUCCGAUUCACCAAAUGAUUGCCUCUUUCACAUAGUGACUGUUUGAUCAAGAUGUUUUUCUGACUACAGCAUAAACUGACUACCUGUACAAUAUUCCAACUGGCAAGUAUCUAUCCCAGGUUGAUACUACUAUUCACAUCUACAGCCUCAUCACACCACCAAAACGUCAAACCGGAACUUAUCCCCGUCCAAGGUUCAAACUGACAAAAAGACCGAACUCUGCCCGCGCAAACUCUAAAAUCGACACAUGGUUCGAUGCCCGCCCACUGCCGCCGUCGUCGACCACGCCGGAGCCACGUGCCUGAGAAUCCACCGAUAGCCACUUUUUUUUUCUAAGUGGGCUGGGAUGUUCAUCUUUUGGCAAAAUAUCAAUGACACUAAUCGAAGUUCGUUUGGAUGAAUACGGGUGGAUUGUGGUUUGACGUCUACUGACGGAUAUUUGCGGUUUUUUUUUUCUUUGCUAGUUUGUUGCGGUGAGAGAAGAGAAAAAAAGUACAUGUAAUAAAAUGCCAUGUGUGUCA